AUGGCAUUAGUUCAGGUGAUCGCAGUAGUAUUCUGCGUGUCACUGAUGGGUACUAUCGGCGCUGCAAACGAGCAAGGAAAUAAGGAAAACCCAAAUGAUGAUUCUGUUGUGAUUGAAGCCGAAUAUUGGGCACAACCACGGCAACCACGCCACAUCUGGUUGAGUUCCGGCGUUUCCGGUGCCGAUUGGAAGCAGGCGCUUGGUGACGGAAGUCCUUGUCUUACGGCGAAAGGACACCUUGGCUUCUGCACGUCGUUUCGCAAGUGCUAUCCCUACUUUAAGGUGCCCGAUCUGAGCGUUUGGGAGUCCUGGGUGCUUGGAAACUACGACACCUGCAGCUACUUCAACGAACAAGGCCGUCAAGCGUUUGGUGUGUGUUGCACCAACCCCAUUACGCCACUUCCGAUCGACACGAACCCCGUUGUGGAGGCCAUACCAGGAGUCAAUCUCCCGCCAGCUGCUGUCCCUAUUCCGGGCGCUGCGGAACCAAACAAACCACCGAACAAGAACAACAACUAUCCGAGUUGGCCACCGCCAAUUCCGACGCACCCGCCAGACCACACUCCCGCCACUCAUCCGCCGGCUUUCGGAGGACCAGCUCCACCGGCCACCACCGAGGCUUCCGCGGCCGUUUCCGAACCGACGCAACGUCCUACGACGACAUGGCCCACUCGGCCACGGCCUCCGCAGGUACCGAAUCAGCCUCCGGCACCGGUUCAGCCGGUUGGUGUGUGGCCACCACCGGUGCCAACGCAUCCACCGCUCGAAAUCUCAACCCUACCGCCCAGCUCAGGAGCAGGAGUCGCAGGAGACACGCUGAACGUCGGGUGUGGCGUGAAAAAUGGUAAUCCGGACACGGAACGAAUCGUCGGUGGUCACAACGCAGAUCCGAACGAGUGGCCCUGGAUCGCGGCACUCUUCAACAAUGGACGCCAGUUCUGCGGCGGAUCGCUUAUCGACAACAUCCACAUCCUUACAGCGGCCCAUUGUGUGGCACAUAUGAGCUCCUACGACGUGGCACGUCUGUCAGUGAAGCUCGGCGAUCACAACAUCCGCUCGAACACGGAAGUGCAGCACGUGGAGCGGCGUGUCAAGCGGCUUGUUCGACAUCGAGGCUUUGACUCACGAACACUGUACAACGACGUUGCGGUGCUUUCGAUGGAUCAACCGGUCUCGUUUACGAAUCAGGUGCGCCCGAUAUGUUUGCCGGCAGCGGACAGCACCAGAGCUUACAAUGGCCUUACGGCCACCGUCGUCGGAUGGGGAAGCUUGAGAGAAAAUGGGCCACAGCCGGCGAUCUUGCAGGAAGUGAAUCUCCCGAUCUGGACCAACAGCGAAUGUCGAGUGAAGUAUGGACCAGCGGCUCCCGGUGGCAUCAUCGAUACGAUGCUUUGCGCCGGCCAAGCGGCCAAGGAUUCGUGCAGUGGCGAUUCUGGUGGUCCGCUGAUGGUGAACGACGGCAAGUGGACGCAGGUUGGCGUCGUAUCCUGGGGCAUCGGUUGUGGCAAAGGCCAGUAUCCUGGCGUGUACACGCGCGUCACCUCUUUCCUGCCAUGGAUUAAGAAAAACAUCAUCGACGCCUAGAGACGAGCUUCCGCAAGGAGACACCAUCCAUCG